AGAAUUCAGACGUUAAGACGAGCCAGCAUGUAAAGAUGGUCAAAUCAUACUUGAAGUUUGAACAAUCGAAAACCUUCGGCCUCGUCACUUCAAGCACAUCCAACGUAGUUUGGUGCCCAACUGCGAGCUCAACCACUGGGUCCGGACGAGCUGUCGCUGCCGCCAACGAAGAAGUUCUAUGCUGGGACAUCAAGAAGGGUGAACUUCUGAGUCGCUGGGUCGAUAAAACCUGCAAAUCACAAGUCACGGCCAUUGCGCAAAGUAAGACGGAUCAAGACAUAUUCGCUGUAGGAUACGAAGAUGGCAGCAUUAGAUUGUGGGAUUCCAAGAUCUCAACAGUCAUUCUAAAGUUUAAUGGCCACAAAUCAGCGGUUACUGCUCUUGCUUUCGACAAAUCUGGCGUCCGACUGGCCAGUGGAUCGAAGGAUACCGACUUGAUAUUAUGGAAUCUUAUUGAGGAGGAGGGCAAGGUUAGAUUGAGGGGACAUAAAGACCAGAUUACUGGAUUGCAAUUCUUGGAACCAGAUGCACCCGAGGAGUUUGGGGAGGAUGGAGAACAAAUACUUACCGCUGACGAUGCUGCAAAUUCCGAAGGGUUUCUCCUGACCACCGGCAAGGAUGCUAUGAUCAAACUUUGGGAUUUAGCAUCAAAUCAUUGCAUCGAGACCCAUGUCGCCCAGACAAAUGGAGAAUGUUGGUCGCUUGGAGUGGCACCUGAUGGCAGUGGUUGUAUCACAGCUGGGAACGAUGGUGAGAUGAAAGUAUGGUCUAUCGAUAUUACUGGUCUUUACAAAUUCUCGAAACGAGUGAAUGACGAUGUCGAAAGUCGGUAUCUUCAUGACAGAGGGCUACUCCAACGUCAGAAUAAAGACAAGGCCCUUGAAGUCAGCUUUCACCCGCGGCUGGAUUAUUUUGCUGUCCAUGGAUCAGCAAAGGCAGUUGAAAUUUGGAGAAUCAGAUCAGAGGAUGAAGUAAAAAAGAGUUUGGCGCGGAAACGUAAGAGGAGAAGGGAAAAGCAGGUCUCAGAAGGCAAGGGAGUGGACGCAGAUACGGCAGAAUUGGAUGAAAAGGCUGAGGAUAUCUCGAGUGCUGAGAUUACGGACUUUUUUGUUCCACACGUGAUAGUCAGGACCAGCGGUAAAGUUCGAUCACUGGACUGGAUACGGAGCAAGGAAUCGAAGCAUAUUCAGUUCCUCGUGGCAACCACCAACAAUCAGCUGGAAGUCUACAAAGCCGCGACAAAGGAUAAGUCCAAGAAGACAAAGAGCGACGAGUUGCCGGAUUACUCGCGACCUCUUUCGGUGGAGUUACCAGGUCACAGAGCUGAUGUGAGAUCUCUUGCACUCAGCUCUGACGACAGGAUGCUUGCAUCUGCAUCUAAUGGCAGCCUGAAGAUCUGGAACGUGCGAACAAGGAGCUGUAUUCGGACCUUCGAAUGUGGCUAUGCCUUGUGCUGCUCCUUCUUACCUGGUGACAAAAUUGUGGUUGUUGGUACGAAGACUGGAGAGUUAGAAUUGUUUGAUGUGGCUUCCGCUGUUAUGCUCGAUACGGUGAAGGCACAUGAAGGUGCCAUAUGGACAUUACAAGUGCAUCCAGAUGGACGGUCUGUCAUUUCGGGGAGCGCAGACAAGUCAGCCAAGUUUUGGAAUUUUGAAGUUGUUCAAGAAGAAAUCCCUGGGACGAAACGCACCACGCCGCGGUUAAAACUUGCUCAUACACGAACACUGAAAGUCUCUGAUGACAUCCUGAGCGUUCGAUUCUCUCCAGAUGCCCGUCUACUGGCCGUUGCUUUACUAGAUAACACCGUGAAGGUGUUCUUCGUCGAUUCGCUUAAACUCUUCUUGAAUCUGUACGGCCAUAAGUUACCUGUUUUGAACAUGGAUAUAUCAUUCGAUAGCAAGCUUAUUGUUACUUGUUCUGCUGACAAGAACAUACGGCUUUGGGGUCUCGAUUUUGGAGAUUGCCACAAAGCAUUCUUUGGUCAUCAAGACAGUAUACUUCAAGUUGCCUUCGUGCCUCACAACCAGGAUGGCAAUGGUCACCACUUCUUUAGCAGCAGUAAAGACCGAAUGAUCAAAUAUUGGGACGGUGACAAGUUUGAGCAGAUCCAGAGAUUGGAUGGACACCAUGAUGAGGUUUGGGCUCUGGCUGUAAGUCGAGCCGGGAACUUCUUGGUGAGCGCUAGUCACGACAAAAGCAUACGGGUUUGGGAACAGACAGAUGAACAGAUAUUCCUAGAAGAAGAGAGGGAGAAAGAGAUGGAGGAACUGUACGAAAGCACGAUGAUGACAUCACUUGAGCAGCAAGAAGAAAACAAGGACGAGGAGGUUGGGGCCCCCGGCAAGCAGACGGUGGAAACCAUAAUGGCUGGAGAGAAAAUAGUUGAAGCUCUGGAGCUUGGAAUGGCCGACUUGGAACUGAUGAAGGAGUGGGAAGCAGCAAAAGCUGCGCAACCCAACACCGCCCCACCGCCUCGAAACCCGCUCUAUAUGGCAUUGGGAGGUAUCAGCGCCGAAGAACACGUCUUAAGCGUCCUGCAGAAGAUUCAAGCGGCCGCUCUUCAAGACGCAUUGCUUGUGCUUCCAUUCUCAAUGGUGCCAUCUUUGUUUACGUUCCUUAACAUCUUCCUAACGAGAUCCAUGAAUGUUCCCUUGACCUUCCGCAUCUUGAACUUUAUGCUCAAGAUCCACCAUCGCCAGAUUGUGGCUAGCAAGACUAUGCGGUCGAUGCUGGACGGAAUUAGAGUCAACUUACGCAAGGCUCUGGACAAUCAGAAGAAGGAGAUAGGCUUUAAUCUCGCAGCCUUGCGGGUCGUCAGUGCCAGAGUCAAAGACAAUCAGGCGAAGGAUUUUGUAGACGAAGAUACCUGGGAUGUAGAUGAGAAAGGGCCAAAAAAGCGUGGUUUUGUUCAUGUAGCAUAGGUAAACUAAAAAGGAAUAUAUCCAGGUUC